GGGGGCGGGCGGGGCCCGGCGGAGCGGCGGCGCCUUCCCCAGCCUGGAGCAGAUGGUGGCCGCCAGCCCCGGGAAGACGCCCAUCAGCCUCCUGCAGGAGUAUGGGACACGCUUAGGACGCACCCCCGGCUACGACCUGCUCAAGGCCGAGGGCCAGGCCCACCAGCCCAACUUCACCUUCCGCGUCACCCUCGGGGACAUCAGCUGCACCGGGCAGGGUCCCAGCAAGAAGGCGGCGAAGCACAAGGCGGCCGAGGUGGCCCUGAGGCUGCUGAGAGGGGGGGGGGCCAUGCUGGAGCCCCUGGAGCACAGGGCCCCCCCCUUGGAGAUGAAGACGCCGGUGUCCCCCCCCCAGUCCGAGUGUAACCCUGUGGGGGCUCUGCAGGAGCUGGUGGUGCAGAAGGGCUGGCGCCUGCCCGAGUACACGGUGACGCAGGAGUCGGGGCCGGCGCACCGCAAGGAGUUCACCAUGACGUGCCGCGUGGAGAGAUUCGUGGAGAUCGGCAGCGGCACCUCCAAGAAGCUGGCCAAGCGCAACGCGGCCGCCAAGAUGUUGGUGCGGAUCCACAACGUGCCCAUGGAGCCACGGGACGGCAGCGAGGCCGAGGGCGAGGAGGACCAGUUCAACAUGACGUGCCCGCGGCUGGAGGGGCUGCGGGGCCGCGCCCCCGGCUGCACUUGGGACUCGCUGCGCAACUCGGCGGGCGAGAAGCUGGGCCAGCUGCGGAGCCGGGGGGCGGCCCCCGCGCCCGGCGGGGCCUGCGCGCUCCUGCAGGAGCUCUCGGAGGAGCAGAGCUUCGCCAUCAGCUACCUGGACAUCGGCGCGCUGAGCCUCAGCGGGCUGCACCAGUGCCUGGUGGAGCUGUCGACGCAGCCGACCACGGUGUGCCACGGGACCGGGCCGUCCCGCGACGGCGCCCGCGCCCACGCCGCCCGCAACGCCCUGCAGUACCUGCGCAUCAUGGCCGGGGGCAAGUGA